AUGGUCAAUGCAACGUCAGUUGCGCCCGAAAAGGCCAGUCCAGCAUCCAAUAUUUUCGAGAUUGCAGAACGCAAGGACCUGGGCGAUGAUGUCUUUACCAAUGUCUACGAGCAGUGGCUGCCUCCUGCAGCAAGGGGCAUCUAUGGCGGUGCUGUAAUUGCGCUUAGUCUCGCUGCUGCUCAAAAGACCCUAACAAGCGAUUAUCAUAUUCAUUCUUGUCAGUGCACCUUUCUUCAUCCUGGAUCUGUUGAUUGCCGACAAACAUUUCAUGUCACACGAGCUCAACAAGGCUCUACGUUCGCCACGUGCACGGUUGAAUGUCGCCAGCAGGACGAGACUAUUUUAAUUAUCACCGUUAGCUUCACUCGAGAGACUGGCGACGUCCCGGGGGCUGUCGAGCACACAGCUGCCCCUUUCGAAAUCCCUGCUCCCCCCACCGAACUAUGUGAAGAACAGCCAGAAUGGACCUUGACAGAACCAUUUCAGCGCCGUAGAGUCGAUGCUAUAGAUGCGCCGGCUUCUAGCAACUCCUCACAUAACCGACGCAUUUUCGGCCAGUGGUUUCGCUUCCCUGGAGUUAUUCCUAAAAGCGGUGGGCCUGGCGUUCAUCUUCAUGCCCUAGCCUUUUUGACCGACGGCUACUUCAUUCUAGGCAGCACGCCUUCAUCGUAUAUGGCGACUCCCACUCGCAUUAGAAGACGUGCCAUCAUUUCCGCCCAAGCUGAGAUCUCAAGUUCAAAUGGUCAAUGA